ACACCUGUACUACACCUGUACUCAAACUAAACCCUCAGAGAAAGACACUUCUGACCGUCCCAACUGUCCCAUAAAGGAGGGAUGGAAGAGCCGGACGCGCGCGCUGCUCGGAAUACAUAAAAAAGGACGGGAGGGCGCGCGCCCUCAGCAAUAACAGCUCUCUCUCUCUACAUCCCUCUUUCUCUCUCUUUUUUUUUCUUCUCUGUGGCUUGAAUUAAUCACUCACUGGUUUUAAUGGAGGUUCGGGUUGGAGGUUCGGGUUGACGCAGUAAGGAACUGCAGCUCGCUGAGUCCAAUACUGAAAGAGAGAGAGAGCGCGCGCGAGAGAGCGCGAGCGAGAUAGACAGACAGUAGGAUAGAGAGAGAGAGAGUGGUAGAGAGAGAAAGAGAGAGAGAGGAAGAGAGAGAGAGAACCCAGGAUUUGGAGCUCGCGGUCUUCACGCGUUCUGCCUCCCUGAAAACAAGCGUCUGUCUCGGGGUUCAUGGUGACAUAGAGGGGGACGGACCCCGGGUUCGGUUCUGGCAACACUCUGAUCUGGGUCUGAUCUGGGUCUUCUGCUGGUGCUCCAGUCAGCUUCGCGAGGAAGAGAGGGAGAGGAGCCAGCUGCUGAUGAAGGAGCUCAGAGAUGCGUGUUCUCACUGGAGAGUUUAACCUGAGCAGCCGGGGGUGUGCCUCUGGAUCCAUAAAUGAGACUAAAGCGAUGGGAGAAAGGAAAAAACACGGGGACAAGGGCCAUCAAGAAUGUUAUCUCCAGAGAAAAUAAGCACAAGCUAGUCUGAAGUGGAGAAAGACUGCAAAUCCAACACUUCUUUAACCCAGGAAAUUCCUCUCCAAGUGCAUGCGCUGUGGCCAGGAUGGAAUGACCAGUGGUGACCAGGAGUGAAAGGUGAAACGUCAAGCUAAUGCGAAACAGUGGAGGAAAGUGGGUUCUAGGUUAGACCGUGGACAUCUGCUGCACCUUGUCUACACGUUAGAAACAGCCGACUAUCCUGCCAGAAUACUGUGAGGCUCAGUCCAGCCUAGUGGAAACUACACGUGACAUCCCAAGCUGAUAGCUACCGGCUUUGUUCAUGGCUUCCAGGAAGGCAUCCAUGGCUUGUAGUGGUGGCGUGGUGAUGAGUGCCUUCUUCUGGUCUGUGGCCAUGAUCUAUCUGACUCACAUAGGUGGGGUAAGGGGGGACUGCUGGCUCAUCGAAGGGGAAAAGGGCUUUGUGUGGCUGGCCAUUUGCAGCCAAAACCAGCCACCUUACGAGGCCAUCCCCCAGCAUAUCAACAGCACCAUAGUGGACCUUCGCUUGAAUGAAAAUAAAAUAAAAAGCAUCCAUUACUCUGCCCUGAGCCGCUUUGCCAACCUAACGUACCUGAAUCUAACAAAAAACGAGAUUAGCUAUAUAGAAGACGGGGCCUUUUCAGCCCAGUUCAACCUACAGGUACUCCAGUUGGGCUUCAAUAAGCUGCGCAACUUAACCGAAGGGAUUCUCAGGGGGUUGGGCAAGCUGCAGUACCUCUACCUCCAGGCCAACCUGAUUGAGACUGUGACACCCAAUGCCUUUUGGGAGUGCCCAAACUUAGAAAACAUUGACCUCUCUAUGAAUCGCAUUCAGGUGCUAGACGGGUCCACCUUCACCAGCCUGACUAAGCUGACCACGUGUGAGCUCUACACAAACCCCUUCAACUGCUCCUGCGAGCUGCUGGGCUUUGUCAAGUGGCUCUCGGUCUUCCCGAACAGAACAAACGAACGAAUGGUGUGCGAUUCUCCCGCAGGCGUAUCUGGUUACAGCCUCCUGAGCCAGAAUCCCAACAAUCCUACUCAGCGCAACGCUCUGCAUAUGCUGUCCACUGUGUGCACGGAGGACUAUGUGACUCCGUAUAUCCCUGUGCCUCCUGAGACCACAACUUACCCUUCAGACGCCACCCCGUGCGGCCUGGAGGACUGUCCGUCUGGGACCGAGCCAGAGUUGAUGAGCAUCAGCCCGACCUACCCCGAUGUGCAUUUGAAACCAGUCAUGAAGCUCAAACAAGUGUCCCACACGAACGCCGUCAUCACCAUCCAGAUCCCUCACCCGUACAAGAAAAUGUACAUUCUGGUUCUGUACAACAACAGCUUCUUCACGGACAUAAAGAACUUGAAAGAGCAAAACGAGGACAUCGAGCUGAAGAGCCUGAAACCCCACACUGACUACACAUACUGUGUGGUUUCCAUACGUCAUUCCUUGAGGUAUAACCAUACCUGCCUGACGUUAUCCACGAGUUCCAGGAAUGGGAACGUCAGGAAGCCCAGCAGCGCCACAGCCACUCACUACAUAAUGACCAUCCUGGGAUGCCUUUUCAGCAUGGUAAUUGUCUUGGGAGUGGUCUAUUAUUGCUUGCGAAAGAAGAGGCAGCAAGAUGAAAAGCACAAGAAGGCAGGGGGUAUGAAAAAGAACAUCAUUGAGCUCAAAUAUGGCGGAGAAUUGGAAGGAGGGACUAUAUCGAGGAUAUCUCAAAAGCAGAUGAUGGCCGGAGAGAGCAUGUCUCGCAUGCCGUAUUUGCCUUCCGGGAGCGAGAUGGACCAGUACAAACUUCAGGACAUAAGCGACACGCCAAAAAUGGCAAAGGGCAACUACAUGGAGGUAAGAACUGGAGAGCACCCGGACCGCAGGGAGUGCGAGAUGGCCAUGCCGAGCAACAGCCAAGGCUCUGUGGCCGAGAUCUCCACGAUUGCAAAAGAGGUGGAUAAAGUCAACCAGAUCAUUAACAACUGCAUAGACGCCCUGAAGUCAGAGUCGACCUCUUUCCAAGGAGUAAAAUCUGGAGCCGUUUCAACCGCAGAGCCUCAGUUAGUCUUGAUCUCAGAGCAGCCCCAGAGCAAAUCUGGCUUCUUGUCCCCAGUCUACAAGGAUAGCUACCACCACUCCUUACAGAGACACCAUUCCUCAGACUCCUCCCCAAAGCGACCCAGCACCGCGACGGGCGGCCCCAUGCGGAGUCCGAGGCCUUACCGCUCCGAGGGGGCGUACAAGUCAGAGUCGAAGUACAUAGAGAAGACUUCACCGACGGGCGAGACCAUCAUGACCAUCACUCCAGCAGCUGCCAUCCUUAGAGCAGAGGCGGAGAAGAUCCGGCAGUACAGCGAGCACCGGCACUCCUACCCAGACGCCCAAAUCGAGGAGCUGGAGGGGCCGGAGAGCCACAAAACGUCCAUGCUGGAGCCCCUGACGCGGCCUCGGCCCAGAGACUUGGCUUAUUCCCAGCUCUCCCCCCAGUACCAUAACCUCAGCUACUCCUCCAGCCCCGAGUACUACUGUAAACCAUCGCAUAGCAUCUGGGAGCGCUUCAAGCUCCACCGCAAACGCCACAAAGACGAGGAAUACAUGGCAGCGGGCCACGCCUUGCGUAAAAAAGUGCAGUUUGCGAAAGACGAGGACCUACAUGACAUUUUAGAUUAUUGGAAAGGUGUGUCCGCCCAGCAUAAAUCCUAAUCUACCCAAGUGUUUGUUCAAGUCUUACCUUUUUUGUUGUUUGACCACAAGAAUUGACAGAGAGUGAUACAAACUAGUGACAUUUUAAUGAAGAACUUUAACCACACAGCCAACUUUGACUUUGAAAGGGGCGGGGCGG